UGGUUAAACGACUAAAAUAAGUGGUUGCUCAUGUAGGCGUAGCUCUGCUCCAAUACGAGGUAUUUCAGAUUUGGUUGCAUUUAAAUCUUUCACUGUCAUUGAUAAGGUGAUAGGCUGCUGAGGUUUUAGAUUUCUGAUUUCAUUAAUAUCUUGAAAAUAUGCUAUUGAAAUAUAGUUGUCUGUUUGUGUGGUAAUAAUUAGUACUUAUUUGGUACGAUUUCGCUCUCAUCAUGUUUCUGGAUGGCUUUAAACUAAUAAAGAGGCAUACAGUUCACCCGUCAUCUUCGGGAACAAUCCAGCUGUCAAAGGCUCCAACAGCGAAAGCUUAUGGCUCGUGGUGCACUCCUGAUGCAACCCCAACACACUCCGCAUUGACACAAACCAAUUCUAAUAUUGAAAAUAAAACUCAAAUCCAAGAUAAUGCAAAGCAAAAUACGUCGAAAGGGAUCAUUCUACAGUUGCAAAAAGUACGUCUGUUUUCAUCCAGCCCAUCGCCUACAUAUAAAAGAUCCGCUGAAGUUAAAGAAAUAGAAACCGAACUAAAGGACUUUAAAGAGCCAAAGUCAAGGGACACCUUUAUUAAAAGAUCUACGCCUACCAAAGAGAAAAUUGUACCAGAGAUAGAAACUCCUCAAAGCCCGGUGCCGUCGUCUCCAUCAAGAGAAAAAAAAUGCAAGGGCUUCUUUCAUAUGCCGUCUUUCUGCGAUCCAUUUACACCCGUCGAUCCUCAGGGCCGUGGCUAUAUAAGCUGGCUGCUCCUAGUUACGUUCUGCUAGUGUAUCGCGCUCCGGGCUACGUUCCCUUAUCAAACUCCAAAGAACACGCCAUAUUGGAUGGUAGCCGACUAUCUAUGCGAUAUCAUAUAUCUCAUAGAUGUGGCCUUCGUGAAGCCAAGGCUCAUGUUCUUGCACGAAGGCUUCUGGGUGAACGAUUCAGGCGAAACGAGGAAGAAUUAUAGGAAGAAGCUGCAAUACAAAUUCGACGUCAUAUCGUUGCUACCACUCGAUUUAUUAUACAUCUACUUCGGAACUCAUAAAGUUAUUCUACGAUUCCCGAGGAUGUUGAAGCUACAGACGUUCUGGGAGUUCCACCAGGCUAUGGACAGAGUUCUAUCAUCUCCCUACGUGGUUAGGAUCGGUAAAACAUUAUUCUACAUCUUUUACCUGAUCCAUUUGAACGCUUGCGCCUAUUACGCCAUGAGUGACUAUAUAGGUCUCGGCUCCAACGGAUGGGUGUACGAUAAUGAUGGCAACGCUUACAUCCGCUGCUUCUAUUUUGCAACAAAAACAGCCACUUCGAUAGGCAAGAACCCUAAACCCGAGAACACUAUUGAGUACCUCUUCAUGACUGCAGCGUGGUUGAUGGGUGUUUUUGUGUUCGCGUUGCUAAUUGGCCAAAUAAGAGAUAUUAUUGCCACAGCCACUAGGGCAAGGGCUGAAUAUCGUAAGUCAGUGGAUGGAUGUGUCCGUUACCUGCGUCGACUUAACAUGCCAGCCUCGCUGCAGCGCCGCGUUACCUGCUGGUUCAACUAUACCUGGAGCCAGCAGAGGUGCUUUGAUGAAUCUAAGAUUUUGAAUUCACUCCCCUACAAUAUGAAACGGGAUGUGGCACUAGCUGUACAUAUGUCGACAUUAAGCAAGGUGCAAUUGUUCAGGGACUGUUCUUCGUCGCUACUUCGUGACCUUGUGCUGCAACUGCGACCGGUGUCAUUCCUGCCCGCCGACGUGGUAGUGCGCCGCGGGGACGUCGGUCACCACAUGUACAUUAUUAAGUCCGGAGAAUGUUUCGUAAUGUCUGUGGACGAGACUGAAGUACUGGCCACCCUGAGGGAGGGAUCAGUAUUCGGCGAGAUCAGCUUACUCGGAAUUGAUGGCCUACGACGGAGGACUGCUACCGUCAGGUCCCGUGGCUACUCAAACCUCUUCGCCUUAUCUCGCAAUGAUCUAAACGCAGCGCUGAAACACCAUAAGGAAGCUGCUCAAGUAUUACGAUUGCGAGCCGAUCAGAUAAUAAGGGAGAACGCAGCGAGGCAAGCCAAGCAACGGCUGGUAGCGGAGAGCAGGAGAUCAGUCAGCGGACACUCCGAGACGAGUGCUAGUCGCCGUCGUCCGUCGGGCGCUAGCGACGGCAGUGGUCGCCCGCGCAGCACUGUAGUGCUGCACAGGAGACUCUCCGCCGUCUCCGAGGACAAGCAUGUCACGGCUCAUUCCAAGAGGAAGGUAUCCGCUGCAUCCGAAAAUAAGGUGCAUUCGGCUCGUGGUUCUCUAGUGUCUGGCUGUGGCGUCAUUCGCACCCCAGUUCCCACCAUCAUACUAUCCAGCGAUUAAUGUGUCAAGCUAUUCGACUAAGAGCAAUGGUUUUUUCAAUAAGUUACGUUAUACGCUCAGAUUGGAGUGAGUAAAACGAUAAAACUAAAUAAGAUGUCCCAAACAUUGUUAGCCCCAUGGUUCACUGGGAGAGAAGGUUUUUAGGUGUUUAGGUGUUUAUUCCGCCAUGUGUACCUAUAUUACGUACAUGAAAGUUAAAUAAAUAACUAACAUGGUUA